CUGAUCUAUGUACGUUAACGAAUCUAAUAAAAUAUGUUAGUGAAAUUUUACUGUUUGUGGAUUUUUAAGCUGAGUCUUUAUAUACUAUUUGUUCGGCCAAAAGAAUUUGUUCGGGCUGGAGUUGUAUUGUCACCUCUUACAGCUGUUGUCUCGGAAAACGAUUCUAUGACACUUACAUGUACUUACAGUGGAGAUGAGAGUGCUACAUACUUUACAUGGAGUGUAUCCAGAAAAUCUAAUAGUACAUUUACAGAUAUAGGUAUAAUAUCAGCAGAAUGUAAGUCUGUUAUAAUUUCUGUUGAUACCAGUAUGUAUAACUAUGCUUGUCCUAACAACAUUCAAAGUAGUUGGAAAAUCAAGAAAGUAACAAGACAGAAUGAUGGGGACAAGUACCGCUGUAAUGUUGACACACCCUCUCCUGGAUCCAUCAACAGUAAUAACGUUGUAUUAUAUGUUCAAGACAAAGCAUCAAUUACAUCAUUUUUCAUAGAAGGGCAUCGAGGGCAGACACAUGUGACUGUAGACGAGAAUGAUGGAGGUAUACAGUUUACAUGUGAAGUUGACAGUAACCCGUCAUCAAUUGUCAAGAUUCUGUUUGAGGGCGAGAUAUUGAAGGAAAGAUCGAACACCAAACAUAUCUCACUGACUCAUAGUAGUGUGGCAUGUCUUCAUGGUGGUGAAUAUACAUGUGAAGAUAACAAUCAGUAUGGACAAUUGUCUAAAAAAAGCAUCAAGCUUUUCGUCAAUUGUUCUCCUCGUCCACUCCAUCAAAUGAGACAGAAUAUUACAAGUGCCCUUCACGUUCCAGUCACAUUAAGCUUUACAGCCCUAGCUUACCCGCAGCCAGGCACUAAAGGCUUUGCAUGGUUUAAAGAAAAUGAUAUAGAUUGGGUGCCGGUACUCAGCAACGCGGAUUUGCACAUUUUUUCAUCAGCAUCACAGUCUAAUCUGACUAUUUUGAAUGUAUCAAAGGCAGACUAUGGGCGCUAUAGACUAAAUGUCACAAACGACUUUGGCAGCUAUGUGCAGUAUUUAUUUCUUAAAGAAGACGUACCAAAUGGAGGAUCAUCAGAAAACUGCGAAGGACACAGCGCAAAGGAAACUGAGGACACUUCAUUAAUAACUGGAAUUUCUCUUGGAAUAGUUGUUGCUGUCCUUGCAAUUUAUGCAGUGUCAAUCACAUUUCUGUAUAAAAGGAAAACCAAAAGUAAAGACAAACAACUAGUCGUCAAAGAGACUACGCAAAAAACGUAUGUAAACGUUGCAUAUAAACCAAAUGAGCAAGAAAAUCAAGACAACGAUGGAACAACUAAAGCUGAGGGCGAGGAAGCUCGACAGUAUACAGAUUUAGCUGGAUAUUCCCGGGAUGAUAGGACAACAUAUGAAGUCCUCCAGGAUCUUUAAAUAACGUAAAACACGUUUUGUAAAUGAAGAUUAUGCGCGAAAAAUUCAAAAAAGACAUUGUACUUGCUUGACAAAUAGUCUGCCAAUAUUCUCAAAUAUAUGAAACUCAGGCAUUUUAAUACAUCCGCAUUACAAUUAUAGAAAAAACUUGACACAUAGCAAACAUAAACAAUAUUGGAGUUGAACUGUUGGAGAUCUGAUCACUUGGAGAAUAGCAUCUGAUACCCUGGUGGCCAGUAGGACCACAAUGACCCUUUUGUAUGUUUUAUCUUUCUACAAUGAUAAGCGCAGUUUGGGAAUACCGGGAGCGCAUUUAUGUACACAAUGAUUUUGUAGUUACUGUUGAAUAAACAUGGU